UAAUUUGUAUUUACAGUACCCGGUAAAUAGCCAGUAUUAUGCACUAUCAUCAUGUCCUUCAUCCCUGAUGGUGGCACCCCCAGCGCCCAUGUACGCCGCGCCGUCCCCUGCGCCCUGCGGCUGCCCCUCCUUGCCGUGCGGCUGCCAAGCGCCCACACCUAUCUACGUCACUCUCCCCACACCUCCUCCCCUCUGUGUCACACCACCUCCUUUACCUCCGAUGUACAUUGAAGUCCCUCUACCUCCGCCUAUAACUGUAUCACCGCCCCCAGCACCUCCGAUGUGCAUCACACCUCCGCCACUUCCACCGAUGACUAUCGCACUGCCGCCGCCACCACCCAUGACAGUGUCGCCUCCACCUUUACCUCCGAUGUGUGUUACACCUCCUCCUCUCCCACCCAUGAGCGUAAGUCCGCCGAUGCCGCCGCCUUUAAUCCUGGAACUGCCACUUCCGCCACCUAUAGUGAUCGAACUGCCGGCUCCUCCGCCGAUAGUGGUUCAGCCGCCGCCGCUACCGCGAGUGAUGGUUCAACCGCCGCCGUUGCCCCCGAUGUCAGUUCAGCCGCCCUGCCCGCCGCCCAUGAUGGUGCAACCGCCGCCGCCGCCGCCGAUGUGCAUCCAGCCCCCGGCGCCUUGUCCGGUGACCGUGCAGCCACCGUGCCCGGAGCCGCUGUACGUGCAACCUCCGCCGCCGUGUCCCAUGACCAUCCAACCACCGCCGCUGCCGCCUAUAUGCGUUCAACCACCUCCACCUCCGUCGAUGUAUAUUCAGCCGCCGGCGCCGGAGCCUUUCUGCAUUCAGCCACCGGCGCCCUCACCCGUCUGCUUCCAGCCUCCUCCUCCUCCGCCGAUAUGUUGCCUGUCGUCGCCCCCCGGCUGCGACUGUCUAGCCGCUGCUCUCCCUUCACCAAUAUACUUAUAA